UGUAGGUUUUAUAUAAUGGAGCGUGUAGUACUUGAUUGCCCCAAGUCAAAGCUUUCCCUUUUAAAAAGUCUCGAGGCCCCGUAUCCUUUAAAUAUAGCAACCAAGCUUGAAGCCUUGAACUGCUUCUACCUCUCUGUUCUUCUCACAGGCACAGCCAUUCUUCCUUCUCGAACUGCAAAUUUGCAGCUUCGUCCAUUCUUUUCUUUUCUCUUUGUAUUGUUUUGUUACAAAUCAAUCGGUGCCAGUGAAUCAUGUCGGGUUAUUAUUAUUAUUAUUACUCCGGCUGCCAAGAUCAGUGCGAUGCCCAUUACCUCGAUGCAUGCUCUCUUUGCCGAAAAUCGCUCCAUAAUUCCGAUAUUUUCAUGUACAGAGGGAAUACACCGUUUUGCAGCAAAGAGUGCAGAGAAGAACAGAUUGAGAUCGAUGAAGCGAGAGAGAAGAACCGGAGAUCCGGUAGAUCUCUAAGGAAAUCAGACGCACAGAACUCUGCCACUAACAAAACUGUACGGACCGGCACAGUUGCUGUGGCCUAAUCCAGUAAUGUUGUGUCAAUUUUGAGUAAACAAAACAAAGUAAAGAACUUUGAGAGAAUUUUGUAUUUAA